AUGUACUGUAGUUUCAUACGCAACUACCAUGCCAAAUUGUUCCUGCCGUCACAGAGUAUUGUACCGUGACUCUCUUCUAUAGCUCAUCUAUUCAUCAUUCUCUAACUUAAUUAUUUAGCUUGAUGUACAAACAGCCACUAACAUCCACAUUUCACCGGGUCCUUUCACUGGAUGAUUGAUCCCACUGUUAUUCCAGGAGCUUUACAUUGACCUCUUCAGUGAUGCUAUAAUAAUUCACCACUGUUUGCAAUGGGAGCUUCUCCCUCCAUGGUUCUUUGGCUGUGUUCAAAAGUGGCACCCUAAUCCCUAUGUAGUGCACUACUUUUGACCAGAGUCCUGGUCAAAAGUAGUGCACUACAUAGGGAAUAGGAGGCCAUUUUGGACGCGGAACAGAGAUGAUCCAUGUGUCAUUCUCUUACAGAGUCACUGGAGCAAAAGGGUGUGUUUGGCAGCUGUUUUAAUAAGCUGUAUAGCGUAUUAUUACAGUGAGCAAGGUACUGAUCAUUUCCACUGAUUUGUGAGUAUACCAUGUAUCCUGCUACCAUGUAUCCUGCUGCCAUGUAUCCUGCUGCCAUGUUUGUGUCUAUAGCACUGGGCCCAUGUCAAACAAUCACCAGCCUGCUGAUCCUAUCCUGAGCCUAUCCCAGUAAAUGUGGCCCAUGUCAAACAAUCACCAGCCUGCUGAUCCUGUCCUGAGCCUAUCCCAGUAGAUGAGGGGAUUGUGUUAUGCUAUGUGUUUAUUACCUGUGGAAUCUCAAUACCAAAGAGGGCUGGGUAUCCGUUAAAGUAACUGUCCAGUGGAAAUCUCACUUUUAAUGCUGCAAUAUAUAACUUAUUGGGCGACGCAACCAAAUUCACAUAGAAAUGUGAGUUAUAGAUCUGUCAUUCUCAUUGAAAGCAAGUCUAAGAAGGUAGAUCUGUUCUAUAUGCACUAUUUCUAUGCUUCCCGUUCUUAAGUUUAGUUUUUGCGUCUUUUACAUUCGUUUUUUUACACCGGUUUCAAAAUGCUGAAAAUACAAUAUUUUUGGUUAUGGAAAAUAUAUUUCACAGUACAAUGAUUCUCUAAACUAUUCUUGCUUGUUUUGUCACAUAAACUGAAAUUAGGAGAAAUGCUCACUAACAGGGAUGUAAACAAAUAUGUGCACAAAAUUGGAGAGAAAUAAGCUUUUUGUGCGUAUGGAAAAUGUGUUUACAUCCCUGUUAGUGAGCAUUUCUCCUUUGCCAAGAUAAUCCAUCCACCUGACAGGCAUAUCAAGAAGCUGAUUAAACAGCAUGAUCAUUACACAGGUGCACCUUGUGCUGGGGACAAUAAAAGGCCAGACAACACAAUGCCACAGAUGUCUCAAGUUUUGAGGGAGUGUGCAAUUUACAUGCUGACUGCAGGAAUGUCCACCAGAGCGAUUGCCAGAGACUUGAAUGUUCAUUUCUCUACCAUAAGCCACAUCCAGCGUCAUUUUAGAGAAUUUGGCAGUAUGUCCAACCGACCUCAACCGCAGACCACGUGUAACCACGCCAGCCCAGGACCUUUACAUCCGGCUUCUUCACCUGCGGGAUCGUCUGAGACCAUCCACCUGGACAGCUGAUGAAACUGAGGGUUUGCAAAACCGAAGAAUUUCUGCACAAACUGUCAGAAACCAUCUCAGGGAAGCUCAUCUGCGUGCUCGUUGUCCUCACCAGGUUCUUGACCUGACUGCAGUUUGGCGUCUUAACCGACUUCAGUGGGCAAAUGCUCACCUUCAAUGGCCACUGGCACAUUGGAGAAGUGUGCUCUUCACGGAUGAAUCCCAGAUUCAACUGUACCGGGCAGAUGACAGACGUUGUGUGGGCGAGCGGUUUGCUGAUGUCAUCGUUGUGAACAGAGUGCCCCCAUGGUGGGGGUGGGGUUAUGGUAUGGGCAGGUAUUAGCUACGGACAACGAACACAAUCGCAUUUUAUCGAUGGCAAUUUGAAAUGCACAGAGAUACCGUGACGAGAUCCUGAGGCCCAUUGUCGUGUCAUUCAUCAGCCACCAUGAACUGUAACUCAGUCAAAUCUUAGGAGUUCUACAGCCUUCACUGUGUUUAUUCUGUAAUUUAAUCUACUUGUUGUGUUCUUUGGUCAUGUGAUACAUUAUGUCGCUGUUGGAACUGAGACCCCCCCCCCCCCAACAGCUGGCUGUGAAUUUACACCAACACCAGUAUGAGAGGAGAAACGUACUGUACAUGGACAGAACAGAACACAUUAUAACCCCUUCACCUUUACUAACCUGCACAGGACAGAACACAUUAUAACCCCUUCACCUUUACUAACCUGCACAGGACAGAACACAUUAUAACCCCUUCACCUUUACUAAACUGCACAGGACAGAACACAUUAUCACCCCUUCUCCUUUACUAACCUGCACAGGACAGAACACAUUAUAACCCCUUCACCUUUACUAAACUGCACAGGACAGAACACAUUAUCACCCCUUCUCCUUUACUAACCUGCACAGGACAGAACACAUUAUAACCCCUUCACCUUUACUAAACUGCACAGGACAGAACACAUUAUAACCCCUUCACCUUUACUAAACUGCACAGGACAGAACACAUUAUAACCCCUUCACCUUUACUAACCUGCACAGGACAGAACACAUUAUAACCCCUUCACCUUUACUAACCUGCACAGGACAGAACACAUUAUAACCCCUUCACCUUUACUAACCUGCACAGGACAGAACACAUUAUAACCCCUUCACCUUUACUAACCUGCACAGGACAGAACACAUUAUAACCCCUUCACCUUUACUAACCUGCACAGGACAGAACACAUUAUAACCCCUUCACCUUUACUAACCUGCACAGGACAGAACACAUUAUAACCCCUUCACCUUUACUAACCUGCACAGGACAGAACACAUUAUAACCCCUUCACCUUUACUAACCUGCACAAGGAACAGAACACAUUAUAACCCCUUCACCUUUACUAACCUGCACAGGACAGAACACAUUAUAACCCCUUCACCUUUACUGAACUGCACAGGACAGAACACAUUAUAACCCCUUCACCUUUACUACCUGCACAGGACAGAACACAUUAUAACCCCUUCACCUUUACUAACCUGCACAGGACAGAACACAUUAUAAACCCUUCACCCUUUACUGAACUGCACAGGACAGAACACAUUAUAACCCCUUCACCUUUACUAACCUGCACAGGACAGAACACAUUAUAACCCUUCACCUUUACUAACCUGCACAGGACAGAACACAUUAUAACCCCUUCACCUUUACUGAACUGCACGGACAGAACACAUUAUAACCCCCUUCACCUUACUAACCUGGCACAGGACCAGCAACCCAAUUAUAACCCCUUCACCGUACUACCUGCACAGGACAGAACACAUUAUAACCCCUUCACCUUACUAACCUGCACAGGACAGAACACAUUAUAACCCCUUCACCUUUACUAACCUGCACAGGACAGAACACAUUAUAACCCCUUCACCUUUACUAACCUGCACAGGACAGAACACAUUAUAACCCCUUCACCUUUACUAACCUGCACAGGACAGAACACAUUAUAACCCCUUCACCCUUUAACUAACCUGCACCAACCAUUAUACCCCUUCACCUUUACUAACCUGCACAGGACAGAACACAUUAUAACCCCUUCACCUUUACUAACCUGCACAGGACAGAACACAUUAUAACCCCUUCACCUUUACUAACCUGCACAGGACAGAACACAUUAUAAACCCCUUCACCUUUACUAACCUGCACAGGACAGAACACAUUAUAACCCCUUCACCUUUACUAACCUGCACAGGACAGAACACAUUAUAACCCCUUCACCUUUACUAACCUGCACAGGACAGAACACAUUAUAACCCCUUCACCUUUACUAACCUGCACAGGACAGAACACAUUAUAACCCCUUCACCUUUACUAACUGCACAGGACAGAACACAUUAUAACCCCUUCACCUUUACUAACCUGCACAGGACAGAAAACAUUAAUAACCCCUUCACCUUACGAUAACCUGCCACAGGAACAGGAACACAUUAUAACCCCUUCACCUUUACUAACCUGCACAGGACAGAACACAUUAUAACCCCUUCACCUUUACUAACCUGCACAGGACAGAACACAUUAAACCCCCUUCACCUUUACUAACCUGCACAGGACAGAACACAUUAUAACCCCUUCACCUUUACUAACCUGCACAGGACAGAACACAUUAUAACCCCUUCACCUUUACUAACCUGCACAGGACAGAAAACAUUAUAACCCCUUUCUCCUCCACUGAACUGCACAGGACAGAAAACAUUAUAACCCCUUUCUCCUCCACUGAAACUGCACAGGACAGAAAACAUUAUAACCCCUUUCUCCUCCCCUGAACUGCACAGGACAGAAAACAUUAUAACCCCUUUCUCCUCCACUGAACUGCACAGGACAGAAAACAUUAUAACCCCUUUCUCCUCCACUGAACUGCACAGGACAGAAAACAUUAUAACCCCUUCUCCUCCACUGAACUGCACAGGACAGAAAACAUUAUAACCCCUUCUCCUUUACUAAACUGCACAGGACAGAAAACAUUAUAACCCCUUUCUCCUUUACUAAACUGCACAGGACAGAAAACAUUAUAACCCCUUUCUCCUCCACUGAACUGCACAGGACAGAAACCAUUAUAACCCCUUCUGCACUGAGAAGAAUCUAAUCAAGAAAUGAGAGGCUCAUAUACAGUAUAUAUAUAUAUAUAUAUAUAUAUAUAUAUAUAUAUAUAUAUAUAGCUGCUAUAUGCCAUUAAUUGAUUACAUGGUAACACUUUCCUUUCUGUCACCAACAUGUUAUAAACAGAAACAGUUAUACAGCUGCUACUGUUUAUCAAAGGACAUCCACUCUUCAAGGCUGUUUAUCAAAAUGCUGGAUUUCCCCUGAAGCCUCUCCCAUUAUAUUCAUGUGGAGUUAGAAUUCAAGUCUGGGUAGAACGUUUAUCUGGGUUGUAAAUAAUAAGCAAAUAGCACCAGUCACUAGGUCACACAGGAACGCAUCCAUAAUAAACAAGUUGAACAUGUCCUGCAUAUUCCCCAUAGCUAAUGUUUUCCAUGGGAAGAAUCUAGGGUCUCUAACAUUCUACAUAUCUGGAGGACUGGAGAGGUUGGAGAGGUUGAUGGUUCUCCAAGUCUGUGUCCUAUUCUCUAUAUAGUGGACUACUUUUGACCAGAACCCGUUGGGAAUCUCACAGGCCCUGGUCAAAGGUAAUGCAGUAUGUGGGGAAUAGGGCACCGUUUGGGAUGCAGACAAGUGUCCUGUUUCCCUCAGAGUUCAGAUCAGUGACCUGUUUCCCUCAGAGUUCAGAUCAUUUACCUGUUUCCCUCAGAGUUCAGAUCAGUGUCCUGUUUCCCUCAGAGUUCAGAUCAGUGACCUGUUUCCCUCAGAGUUCAGAUCAGUGUCCUGUUUCCCUCAGAGUUCAGAUCAGUGUCCUGUUUCCCUCAGAGUUCAGAUCAGUGUCCUGUUUCCCUCAGAGUUCAGAUCAGUGUCCUGUUUCCCUCAGAGUUCAGAUCAGUGACCUGUUUCCCUCAGAGUUCAGAUCAUUUACCUGUUUCCCUCAGAGUUCAGAUCAGUGUCCUGUUUCCCUCAGAGUUCAGAUCAGGGUCCUGUUUCCCUCAGAGUUCAGAUCAGUGUCCUGUUUCCCUCAGAGUUCAGAUCAGUGUCCUGUUUCCCUCAGAGUUCAGAUCAGUGUCCUGUUUCCCUCAGAGUUCAGAUCAGGGUCCUGUUUCCCUCAGAGUUCAGAUCAGUGUCCUGUUUUCCCUCAGAGUUCAGAUCAGUAACCUGUUUCCCUCAGAGUUCAGAUCAGUGUCCUGUUUCCCUCAGAGUUCAGAUCAGGGUCCUGUUUCCCUCAGAGUUCAGAUCAGUGUCCUGUUUCCCUCAGAGUUCAGAUCAUUUACCUGUUUCUGUCAGAGUUCAGAUCAGUGUACUGGUUUCCCUCAGAGUUCAGAUCAGUGUCCUGUUUCCCUCAGAGUUCAGAUCAUUUACCUGUUUCUGUCAGAGUUCAGAUCAGUGUACUGUUUCCCUCAGAGUUCAGAUCAGGGUCCUGUUUCCCUCAGAGUUCAGAUCAGUGUCCUGUUUCCCUCAGAGUUCAGAUCAUUUACCUGUUUCUGUCAGAGUUCAGAUCAGUGUACUGUUUCCCUCAGAGUUCAGAUCAGUGUCCUGUUUCCCUCAGAGUUCAGAUCAUUUACCUGUUUCUGUCAGAGUUCAGAUCAGUGUACUGUUUCCCUCAGAGUUCAGAUCAGGGUCCUGUUUCCCUCAGAGUUCAGAUCAGGGUCCUGUUUCCCUCAGAGUUCAGAUCAGUGUCCUGUUUCCCUCAGAGUUCAGAUCAUUUACCUGUUUCUGUCAGAGUUCAGAUCAGUGUACUGUUUCCCUCAGAGUUCAGAUCAGUGUCCUGUUUCCCUCAGAGUUCAGAUCAGUUCCCUGUUUCCCUCAGAGUUCAGAUCAGUGUGCUGUUUCCCUCAGAGUUCAGAUCAGGGUCCUGUUUCCCUCAGAGUUCAGAUCAGUGUGCUGUUUCCCUCAGAGUUCAGAUCAGUGUCCUGUUUCCCUCAGAGUUCAGAUCAGUGUACUGUUUCCCUCAGAGUUCAGAUCAGUGUGCUGUUUCCCUCAGAGUUCAGAUCAGUGUCCUGUUUCCCUCAGAGUUCAGAUCAGUGUACUGUUUCCCUCAGAGUUCAGAUCAGUAACCUGUUUCCCUCAGAGUUCAGAUCAGUGUCCUGUUUCCCUCAGAGUUCAGAUCAGUGUACUGUUUCCCUCAGAGUUCAGAUCAGUAACCUGUUUCCCUCAGAGUUCAGAUCAGUAACCUGUUUCCCUCAGAGUUCAGAUCAGUGUCCUGUUUCCCUCAGAGUUCAGAUCAGUGUCCUGUUUCCCUCAGAGUUCAGAUCAGUGUACUGUUUCCCUCAGAGUUCAGAUCAGUAACCUGUUUCCCUCAGAGUUCAGAUCAGUGUCCUGUUUCCCUCAGAGUUCAGAUCAGUGUACUGUUUCCCUCAGAGUUCAGAUCAGUAACCUGUUUCCCUCAGAGUUCAGAUCAGUAACCUGUUUCCCUCAGAGUUCAGAUCAGUGUGCUGUUUCCCUCAGAGUUCCGAUCAGUGUCCUGUUUCCCUCAGAGUUCAGAUCAGUAUCUGUUUCCUCAGAGUUCAGAUCAGUGUAAUGUUUCCCUCAGAGUUCAGAUCAGUGUCCUGUUUCCCUCAGAGUUCAGAUCAGUAACCUGUUUCCCUCAGAGUUCAGAUCAGUAUCCUGUUUCCCUCAGAGUUCAGAUCAGUGUCCUGUUUCCCUCAGAGUUCAGAUCAGUAUCCUGUUUCCCUCAGAGUUCAGAUCAGUGUGCUGUUUCCCUCAGAGUUCAGAUCAGUGUGCUGUUUCCCUCAGAGUUCAGAUCAGUGUCCUGUUUCCCUCAGAGUUCAGAUCAGUGUGCUGUUUCCCUCAGAGUUCAGAUCAGUGUGCUGUUUCCCUCAGAGUUCAGAUCAGUGUCCUGUUUCCCUCAGAGUUCAGAUCAGUAUCCUGUUUCCCUCAGAGUUCAGAUCAGUGUACUGUUUCCCUCAGAGUUCAGAUCAGUGUGCUGUUUCCCUCAGAGUUCAGAUCAGUGGUCUGUUUCCCAUCAGAGUUCAGAUCAGUGUCCUGUUUCCCUCAGAGUUCAGAUCAGUGUCCUGUUUCCCUCAGAGUUCAGAUCAGUGUCCUGUUUCCCUCAGAGUUCAGAUCAGUGUGCUGUUUCCCUCAGAGUUCAGAUCAGUGUCCUGUUUCCCUCAGAGUUCAGAUCAGUGUCCUGUUUCCCUCAGAGUUCAGAUCAGUGUGCUGUUUCCCUCAGAGUUCAGAUCAGUAUCCUGUUUCCCUCAGAGUUCAGAUCAGUAUCCUGUUUCCCUCAGAGUUCAGAUCAGUAUCCUGUUUCCCUCAGAGUUCAGAUCAGUUUGCUGCUACAGACAGAGAGUGGAGGGAUUAAUAACAGCAUCUCGAUCCCCUUCGCCUGAGAGAAAGGGAUUAAUAACAGCAUCUCGAUCCCCUUCGCCUGAGAGAAAGGGAUUAAUAACAGCAUCUCGAUCCCCUUCGCCUGAGAGAACUUCUGGGCCACACACAUUCUCACACACACAACAGCACUCACACAAACAUGAGUUUCUAGUGGUUGUUGUCACUAGUACAGUGAAAUGCCUUUCUAGUUGUUAUUGCCGUUGGUAGCAAAUCUGCGAUCCAUCUUAUUAUCAAGAGAAUGUGUAAUUGCCCAAUAGAAUGGAGGGAGAAGGUGGCUUUUCUCCUUUUGCCUUAAUCUGGCCAGGGCUCCCCUCUCCUGCCUCUUUUUCGGCGCUGUUUCCUCUUGGAUGGUCCGAAGAUUGGGUCGGAAUUACACAAAGAGCCCAGGGGCAGAUGAGUUGAAAUCGAAGUUUAAGCCAGAAUUUUUGUAAUUAACUGCUGAUCUGAUGUUCAAAAGUUAUUGUCGGUUAUAAGAAAUGAUAGCGGAUACAUUAAUAAACGCCAAAAUAAUCACUAAAUAGCAAAGUUGGGUCAGAGCUUGCAAGACAGCAGCCAUACGGUAGAGAGGCCAGGGAGAUGGUCAUAGACAGGCAGGCCAGGGAGAGGGUCAUAAAAUAUAAUAAAUGCUUCUGGACAAGUCUUGUUGGUUGGCAACCAGCAUUCCAUGGACAGGUGCAGCAUGUUUACUGAACAAACAGGCCAGGCAUGCAAAUGGAUGGCAGAAAAAUUAACAUGGAGGCUGGAGAUUCCAUGACCCGUGAAAAACAGCUCCCCAUCCAAACCAACAUACUAUCUAUCUUUGUGUAUCUGUUUGUGGAUGCAUAAUGUAUGUGUGUGGGUGUGUGGGUGUGUGUAUGGUGUGUGGGUGUGUGGGUGUGUGUGUGUGUGGGUGUGUGUGUGUGGGGUGGUUGGUGUGUGGUUGUAUGUGUGUGUGUGUUUGUGUGGGGUGUGGGUGUGUGUGUGUGUGUGUGUGUGUGUGUGUGUGUGUGUGUGGGUGUGGGUGUAUCUCUCUAGGGGCUUGGGGCUAUGACUAGCUCUGAAGGUGUUCCUGGGAGGGAGAUGAGCAGAGCUGCGUGCCAAACCAGGAUCGCUAGUGUCUCCCAGAAUGUGUCUUAUGUUACUCUGACACCCUGAGCAUCUCACUGAUCCCAGGCAGCUCCGCUCAGGGUGUUAGCAUCCCACUGAUCCCAGGUAGCUCCGCUCAGGGUGUUAGCAUCACACUGAACCCAGCCAGCUCCGCUCAGGGUGUUUAGCACCCCACUGAACCCAGCCACUCCGCUCAGGGUGUUGCAUCUCACUGAUCCCGAGCAGCUCCGCUCAGGGUGUUAGCAUCUCACUGAUCCCAGGCAACUCUGCUCAAGGUGUUAGCAUCCCACUGAUCCCAGGUAGCUCCGCUCAGGGUGUUAGCAUCCCACUGAUCCCAGGCAGCUCCGCUCAGGGUGUUAGCAUCCCACUGAACCCAGCCAGCUCCGCUCAGGGUGUUAGCAUCUCACUGAUCCCAGGUAGCUCCGCUCAGGGUGUUAGCAUCCCACUAUCCCAGGCAGCUCCGCUCAGGGUGUUUAGAAAUCCCCUGAACCCAGCCAGCUCCGCUCAGGGUGUUAGCAUCCCACUGAACCCAGGCAGCUCCGCUCAGGGUGUUAGCAUCCCACUGAACCCAGGCAGCUCCGCUCAGGGUGUUAGCAUCCCACUGAUCCCAGGCAGCUCCGCUCAGGGUGUUAGCAUCCCACUGGAACCCAGGCAGCUCCGCUCAGGGUGUUAGCACCCCACUGAUCCCAGGCACUCCGCUCAGGGUGUUAGCAUCCCACUGAACCCAGCCAGUUUCCGCCCCAGGUGUUAGCACUAAACUGAUCCCAGGGGCAGCUCCGCUCAGGGUUGUUACCCAUCCCACUGAUCCCAGGUAGCUCCGCUCAGGGUGUUAGCAUCCCACUGAUCCCAGGCAGCUCCGCUCAGGGUGUUAGCAUCCCACUGAUCCCAGGCAGCUCCGCUCAGGGUGUUAGCAUCCCACUGAACCCAGCCAGCUCUGCUCAGGGUGUUACCCAUCCCACUGAUCCCUGCAGCUCCGCUCAGGGUGUUAGCAUCCCACUGAACCCAGGCAGCUCUGCUCAGGGUGUUAGCAUCCCACUGAUCCCAGGCAGCUCCGCUCAGGGUGUUAGCAUCUCAUUUGAUCCCAGGUAGUUUCCGCUCAGGGUGUUAGCAUCUCACUGACCCCAGCAGCUCCGCUCAGGGUGUUAGCAUCUCACUGAUCCCAGGUAGCUCCGCUCAGGGUGUUAGCAUCCCACUGAACCCAGGCAGCUCCGCUCAGGGUGUUAGCAUCUCACUGAUCCCAGGUAGCUCCGCUCAGGGUGUUAGCAUCACACUGAACCCAGCCAGCUCCGCUCAGGGUGUUAGCAUCCCACUGAUUCCAGGCAGCUCCGCUCAGCGUGUUAGCAUCUCACUGAUCCCAGGCAGCUCCGCUCAGGGUGUUAGCAUCCCACUGAUCCCAGGCAACUCUGCUCAAGGUGUUAGCAUCCCACUGAACCCAGGCAGCUCCGCUCAGGGUGUUAGCAUCCUAAAUGGCACCCUAUCCUCUAUAUAGUGCACUACUUUUGAAUGGACCCUGGUCAAAAGAAGUGCACUAUAUAGGGAAUAGGGUGCCAUUUGGGACACACACUAACAGCCAUAAGACUGGUGGUUGACCUCUUAGAAGGGAGAAGAUUCCUCACCUCAGAAGAGGUGUCACCUUUACCUCACUGUUCCUCCUCCCAGAUUUGUAGCUUCUCAUUCAUAACCAAAAGAUGUAUGAAUUAGACUAUUACCCAGUACACCUAGGGUUCUGAAUGGGGUGUUGUUGAAUGGGUGGUUGUUCUAUGUUCAACUGUUUUGAAUGGGUGGUUGUUCUACGUUCAACUGUACAGCAGAGAACGAGAUUCCAGGCACGAGGGUUGAUUAAUCUCAAAUCUCUUUCUUAACACUGUGAGACCAAAGCAUAUAUCCGAAUUAGGGAAAAAAUACUUCUGAUAGGCCUCUGAUUAUACAAAGAAUCCGUUUUUUUUCUAUUUGUGGUAAGAAAAUGAUUAAAUAAAAAUCAAACAAAAGCAUUGACGUGAUGGAAAAUAUUGUCUUAUGGUGUAUACAGUACAAUGUGAAAUUAACACAAAGGAGCUGAUCGUGGACUACAAGAAAAGGAGGGCCGAACAUGUCCCCAUUAACAUUGACGGGGCUGUAGUGGAGCUGGUCGAGAGCUUCAAGUUCCUUGGAGUCCACAUCCCCAUUAAACUAUCAUGGUCCAAACACACCAAGACAGUCGUGAAGAGGGCACGACAACACCUUUUCCCCCUCAGGACACUGAAAAGAUUUGGCAUGUGUCCCCAGAUCCUCAAAGUUCUACAGCUGCACCAUCGAGAGCAUCCUGACCGGUUGCAUCACCGCCUGGCAUGGCAACUGCUCGGCAUCUGACUGUAAGGCGCUAGAGAGGGUAGUGCGUACGGCCCAGUACAUCACUGGGGCCAAGCUUCCUGCCAUCCAUGACCUCUAUACCAGGCGGUGUCAGAGGAAGGCCCAAAAAAUUGUCAAAGACUCCAGUCAACCAAGUCAUAGACUGUUCUCUCUGCUACCGCACGACAAGCGGUACCAGAGCGCCAAGUCUAGGUCCAAAAGGCUCCUUAACAGCUUCUACCCCCAAGCUAUAAGACUGCUGAACGGUUAAUCAAAUGGCCACCUGGACUAUUUGCAUUGUCCCCCCAACCCCACCCCACCCCAUCUUUUACGCUGCUGCUACUCUCUGUUUAUUAUCUAUGCAUAGUCACUUUACCCCUACCUACAUGUACAUAUUACCUCAAUUACCUCCACUAACCUGUACCCCCGCACAUUGACUCGUUACCGGUACCCCCUGUAUAUAGCCUCGUUAUUGUAUGUAAUUUUAUUGUGUUACUUUUUAUUACAUUUUUUACUUUAGUUUAUUUAGUAAAUAUUUUCUUAACUCUAUUUCUUGAACUGCAUUGUUGGUUAAGGGCUUGUAAUUAAGCAUUUCACGGUAAGGUCUACACCUGUUGUAUUCGGCGCAUGUGACAAAUACAAUUUGAUUUGAUUAAGUCAUAUUUUGUCUGAAAUAGCAACAUUUAUCAACUUGAUCUAUCCUAAUUGUAUUAUUUUCCCAUCAAAACCAUAUAUUUUUGAAAGGAUCAAGUAUUUUGUGGGUUUUCUAUGUAUGGAGAACAUCUAACUUAAUAUUUAUUUUCUGGUUUUAACCUGGAGAGAACCUCCUGUCUUACUUUACUAUCAAGUUAAUGUUCUUAAUAUUAAGUAUAUAUUAAUAUUAUAAUAAUAUAUAAUAAUAUUAAUAUUAAUUCUUAACAUGAUAGUACAUCAAAGUUACUCCUCAAGUAUUUGGUUGUCCAUAUUUUCAGAAUUUGGAAGGGAAUGAAAAUGUAUGCACUCACUAACUGUAAGUCGCUCUGGAUAAGAGCGUCUGCUAAAUGACUAAAAUGUACAUGAAACGAUCUCUCUAACUUGUCUAUCAAUAUGUAAACGUCUCAGGUUGGCAUCACUGCUACCUCUAGCUCUGGCUCAGAAUGUUUGUUUCUCCAUUAUUUAUUUUCUACAUAAUCACCACAUCUUAGAGAAGACAGGAAAAUACAAAGGACAAUAUUCCAACUCAUGCAGUUCAAUGGAUGGCUAACAACCUCUGCCUGUGUAGGGGACCAGUGACGUCUCAGAUGAGUGGACGGGUUUCUUAUGUUUCAGAGGCAUACUGACACACAACAAUACUACUAAGAGAUACAUCUGGGUCUAAGGAGAUGCACUAGGUUGUGUUGGACAUGAUUUUUGAGUUUAGGACCUGUAUAGGAUGCAAUUUAGGCAGCGUUGUAUUUUUUGCAACUGUGGGUCUCACCAGGGUUAAACUUUCUUAGUCCAAGCUGUGCAUAUACGGCUUGUCUUUCUGCUACGUGUGUCGAUAAUGUAGAUGAAAUCUCUGAUUAUUUUCAGAAGGAAGGGAGACUCAAGCUGCCAGUUGAUCAGUUAGAUGUUAUUUUAGUAAGUAUAAUUGGAGUGAUGUUCAGCCCAUAUUCCCUCCCCGAGGCGUUGGCUUACCUUCCCAGAAUGGAACGCUGAUUAGAACGCCUCUCACGUGAUUCAUCACCCUGCUCUGCACCUCGCCCAUGCAGACAAUCUAACACACCUGAAUGAUACACACCUGAAUGCACAGGUAAGGAUCACAAACUUUUUAAAGCAGUUUGUAAAUCACCUUUCUACACCUUUCCACUAACAGACUCCCUCAAUGCCUUUCUUCACCCAUAAACUCAUCACUUAACUUUUAGUAUUUUCAUGAAUCAUUUCCAAAUCUUUUGUUUGACAUGUUCAUAAAUCUGUGAUGAGGAGACACAAAAGUUUCCUCAGCUUCCUGUUAAGGCUAGGGCUGAUUUCAAGGUGUUACUGCUAACCUACAAAGCAUUACAUGGGCUUGCUCCUACCUAUCUCUCUGAUUUGGUCCUGCCGUACAUACCUACACGUACGCUACAGUCACAAGACGCAGGCCUCCUUAUUGGCCCUAUUUCUAAGCAAACAGCUGGAGGCAGGGCUUUCUCCUAUAGAGCUCAAUUUUUAUGGAAUGGUAUGCCUAUCCAUGUGAGAGAUGCAGACUCGGUCUCAACCUUUAAGUCUUUACUGAAGACUCAUCUCUUCAGUAGGUCCUAUGAUUGAGUGUAGUCUGGCCCAGGGGUGCGAAGGUGAACGGCAAGGCACUGGAGUGACGAACCGCCCUUGCUGUCUCUGCCUGGCCGGCUCCCCUCUCUCCACUGGGAUUCUCUGCCUCUGACCCUAUUACGGGGGCUGAGUCACUGGCUUACUGGUGCUUUCCAUGCCGUCCCUAGGAGGGGUGCAUCACUUGAGUGGGUUGAGUAACUGACGUGAUCUUCCUGUCCGGUUUGUCGCUCCUCCUCAGGGUCGUGCGGUGGAGGAGAUCUUCAUGGGCUAUACUCAGCCUUGUCUCAGGGUAGUAGGUUGGUGGUCUGUUGAUAUCCCUCUGGUAGUGUGGGGGCUGUGCUUUGGCAAAGUGGUUGGCCCUGUACGGGAGUAUUGUCGGACGGGGCCACAGUGUCCCCCCCCCACAGUGUCCCCCGACCCCCACUUCUGUUUUCGACUCUGUUUCUCUCUACCGCACCUGCUGUCUCGACCUCUGAAUGCUUGGCCAUGAAAAGCCAACUGACAUUUACUCCUGAGGUGCUGACCUGUUGCACCCUCUACAACCACUGUGAUUAUUAUUUGACCCUGCUGGUCAUCUAUGAACGUUUGAACAUCUUGAAGAUCAAUCUGGCCUUAGUGGCCAUGUUCUCUUAUAAUUUCCACCCGGCACAGCCAGAAGAGGACUGGCCACCCCUCAGAGUUUGGUUCCUCUCUGGGUUUCUUUCUAGGAUCCUGCCUUUCUAGGGAGUAUUUCCUAGCCACCGUGCUUCUACAUCUGCAUUGCUUGCUGUUUGGGGUUUUAGACUGGGUUUCUAUAGAAAGAACUUUGUGACAUCUGCUGAUGUAAAAAGGGCUUCAUAAAUACAUUGAAUUGAUUGAUUGAUGAAAGGCAAUGUUCCAGCGUAUGUAUUCAUUUGUCAGUUGAAUGGCAAAUUGCCUUCAAAAGCCGCAAUGUCUACAACCUGUGAUCGUAUUGAAUCUCGGCCUAAGAGUAUUCGGAGUAUUGACUUGGCUGAUUGCUAUUUUUUUUUUGUUAUACCAGAAUGCAAAGUAUCUUCCAGUACAGAAUAAAAAUCUGUAUGACAUCUUAUUUUAGUGUUCCUCUUGUGAAACGGCAGUACGUCAGCGUAGUUGUGAAACCAUCUGGAGGGCUAUAGCUACCUCCAUGUGCUCUGCUCUCAUUUAUAUGGCAGCUGAUCCAAGGUGUUUUCUUUAUACCUCUUUUACAACCGGGGCUUCGGCCCAAAUGGCACUCUGUUCUCUAUAUAGUACACUACCCCCUAUGGGCCCUGGUCAAAAGUAGUGCGCUAUUUAGGGAGUAAAGGGGACAUUUGGGACGCACGCCUGAAGGUGAAGCACAGAGCGACGGAUGGAUGAGGAGGGUGGGUGCCUUGCCCCGUGGGCAGAACGCUGCUUGAUCCUGGAUUAGAGACACGUCCUCAGCUCAGAGAGGAAAUCUGUUAACCCUUCCAGCCCUACGGUUAUGAUACAUGAUCCUAAAGGGUGACAACUAAAACAUAUCCUUUACCUGUUAGGAUAACAGCUGCCCUUACUGCAGGGAUAAUGGCUGCUUUGUAGGAAAGGAAGGGGCCACAUCAGCUUUAACUGAUGCCUAUUUGACCUUCUUGCCCAUUGCAGGCCUAUAGGCUUAAGUUGUGUAGGAUGUCUGUUUGAUUGAUGUAGGACAUCUGGUUUAUUUUGCACUUGUCAGACUUUAAAGGACACCACAUUACAAGGAAAACAGAAAAUCCCAAAACCAAAUAUUUACAAAGACUGUUUAAGGCAUAUAAAUGAAAGACUGUUUAAGGCGUAUAAAUGAUUCUGAUCAAUGUAUCAAUGAUCAUAUGUAUUUUACUUUCACUCUCAUAAUGCAUGUAGAUUCUUGAAAGUCAGGACAAUCCUUGUCCCCAGGGAACUUACAUUUUAAUAGUUGGAAAAAGUGCAUUUUGUUGCAUUAUUUGAGUUUUAAAAUUACAUUUUGGCGCAUUUUAUCAAGGGAAAGUUUUGUUUUAGGAAUGUUGAAAUAUUUUCUAUAUUUUUCAUUUCAAUGUCGGUUCUAUGCCCCGAAAUAGCCUUUUCUGGAGCGAAGGAUCCCAAUUUCUAACUCUCCAAAAAGGUGUUUAAAAUAAAAUAAAAACAACAUACCCUACCUUACAACACUACCUACCCUACCUUACAACACUACCUACCUUACACAAAAAACACUACCUACCUUCACACUACUACCUACAACACUAACCUACCAUUACCACACUACCUACCCUACCUACCUACACAUACCUACCCUCCUUACAACACGACCCAUACACCUACCUACAACACUACGAACUAUCCCUACCAUUACAACACUACCUACCCUAACCUUAGCAACACAUCACCUACUCCUACCUUACCCAAACUACCCUAACCCUCCCCAUUACAACCCUACCUACCCCUACCUUACCACACUACCCCUAUCCUCACCUCCAACACUACCUACACCUACCUCCUACCAACACCUAACCCUACCUCCCUACUCCCCUUACCCAACACACCCCCUUCUACCUACCCUACCCCCCCUUACAACCAACUACCUCACCCCCUCACCUUACACACACUACCUCCUUACACACACUACCUACACCCCUUACACACUACCCCUACCCCUCCCUUACACCCCCACACUACCUCACCCCCUCACCCCCAUACAACCACUACCCUCCCAACCUCCACAACACUAAACUACCUACCUUACCUUACACACUACCUAACCCUACCUUACACACUAAACUACCUACCCUACCUUACAACCUACCUCCUUACAACUACUUCAAAAACCUUUAAACCUUCACAACACUACCCCUCCCCUACCAUUACAAACACCCCUACCCUACCCCUACCAUACACCAACCUACCAUCGACCCCUUACCACACCACUACACUACCUUACCCGUACAAACACUACCCUACCCUUACCUUACAACAAAACACUACCCUAACCUCACCCCUUACACACUACCUACCCCUACCCUUCACAACACUCACCUCCCCUCCCCCUUACAAACACCUACCCCCUACCCUACCUCCAUACCCCUUACACACCACCUACCUACCCUACCUACCAACCACUACUACCCUACCCUUAUCCACACUGACCUACCCUUCGCGAGCACACUACCCUACCCCUCCUACAACACUACCUACCCUAAACUUACAAACACUACCUCCCCUACCUUACAACACUACCUACCCUACCUUACAACACUACCUACCUACCUUACAACACUACCUACCCUACCUUACAACACUACCUACCCUACCAUACAACACUACCUACCCUACCUUACAACACUACCUACCCUACCUUACAACACUACCUACCCUACCCACUACAACACUCCUAACCCUACCCUACCCAUUACAACACACCUCUAGACCCUACUCGUUACACACACUACCUAACCGACUAUACCUCCCUACCUACAACACUACCUACCUUACCUUACAACACUACCUACCUUACUUACAACACUACCUACCCUACCUUACAACACUACCUACCCAACCUUACAACACUACCUACCCUACCUUACAACACUACCUACCCUACCUUACAACACUACCUACCUUACAACACUACCUACCUUACCUUACAACACUACCUACCCUACCUUACAACACUACCUACCUUACAACACUACCUACCCUACCUUACAACACUACCUACCCUACCUUACAACACUACCCUACCCUACCUUACAACACUACCUACCCUACCUUAAACGACUAAACCUACCCUACUACAACCAAAAAAAACCCUACCCUACCCUACCUUAUACAACACUACCACCUAACCCCAACCUACCCUGAAAACCUACCUACAACACUACUACCCUACCUUACAACACUACCCUACCUUCACAACACUUCUAACCUACCUUACAACACUACCCCCCCUACCUUCCAACACUCUACCUACCCACCCUUCAACACUACCUACCCUAACUUACAACACUACCAUACCUUACACACUACCACCUCACCUAUCUUAACAAACCCUACCAAUACCGCUACCCUUACCAACAACCACCUACCCUACCUUACAACAACCCAACCUACCCUCAGACCGUUACCUUACCCUAUCCUGGGUACGUCUACCAUACAACACUAGUCCUACCUUACAGACCACCUAGCCCGUACAUACAACCUACCGUGACCCUACCUACACACCACUCACCCUCCCUACCCACCUAACACAACCUCACCCUACCUUACAACUACUACCGGUACCCUACUACACACUACCCUACCCCCUAACCUUACAAUACACACUACAUACCCUACCUUACAACCCUACCUACCCUACCAACUUACAACCUACCUUACCCCUACCUUACCAACCCUACCAUACCCUCACCGUACAAACACUACCUACCCUACAACACUCGACCUACCCUACCUUACACAACUACCUACCCACUACCCAUUACAACACUACCAUACCCUAACCUUACACACACCUACACACACACUAACCAAUCCAGACCCUACCCUCUACACACACUAACCUACCGUCACACCACUACCCCUACCCUACCUUACAACCCCCUACCCUACCCCUACCUUACCACACACGCACCCCACCCACCCUCCCUUCACAACACGACCCCUACCCUACCUUACAAACACCUAAACCUACCCCCGACCCCACUUACCCCACUAACAACUACCUUACAACCCCCGGUGACCUUACAGACACGAGCUACCUGUACGCGCUACCUUACAACACUACCCUCUACCCUACCCCCGUACAACACCCCACCAACACUACCUAUCCCCUACCUUCACCCCAACACUCACCCUACCUGACACACCUCCUACCCCUACCUUAACCACCUUACACCACCCUAACCCCUACCCCCUACCCCCAUUACCCAAACCCCUACCCUACCCCCUACCCUUACCAACACACACCCCCCCCCUACCGCCUACCCUUACAACACCUACCCCCCUACCCUGACCUUACACCCCCCUACCCAACACACUGACCCCUACCGCUAGGCCCUUACAGACACUACCGCUCCCUAGUCCUUACAACCUACCUACCCUACCUUUCCAACACUACCUACACCCGUAGGAGGCCGAUUGCAAGCACUAAACCCUACCCUCACCUUACAACACUACCCAUACCCUAACCUUACAAACACUAACCUACCCUACCAUACAACACUACACCUACCUACCUUACAACACUACCUACCCAUUAAACAACACUACCUACCCUACCCUUACACCACUACCUACCCACCUUCACACCUACCUACCCUACCUUACAACACAACACUACCAACCUUACUUACUACACCUAACCUAACACAACACUUACUACACUAACAAACUACACACACAACUAACCUACCUACUACAACAACUCACAAACACACUAACCACAAACACACACUAACACACAAACAACACUACACACACUAACAAACCUAACAAACCACACACACACCACAACUAACCUACCACUCCCUAACUAACACAAACUACACACACUACCCACACCCUAACACACAAUCACUAACCACACAACACAACACUACACACUAACCUAAACAACAACACACAACCUACUACAACAACACAAACACACAACACUAACCUACACACACAUAACUACACACACAACCUACACACCACUAACCCACUAACAACAACAACACACUAACCUACACACACACAAACAACAACCACCUAAACCAACAACUACAACACCUAACUACAACACCAACCUCCCAACACACACCUAAACUACACACACAACACUAACACCAACCUAACUAACUACACAACAACCAACACUACACACCAUAACCUAACCAACACACACUAACCUACACACACACUAACCUACACACACACUAACCUACACACACACUAACCUACACACACACUAACCUCACACACACUAACCUACACACACACUAACCUACACACACAACAUAACCUACACCUACACACUCACUAACACAACACACAACACACUAACACACACACAACACAACACCACCCAAAAACCUACCACACCAACCCACACACACCCUACCUAACAACACACCUAACUAACCACACAAACUACUCAACUACCACACACACUAACCUACAACACACAACACACCUACAACCAUAACCUACACACAACACCACUAACAACUACACACCACUAACCACCUACACAACAACACUAAACCUACACCACACACACACACACACAACACUACGAACCAACACACUAACCUAACACACAACACCAACUACCACCACACUAACCUACACCACAACCCACACACCACCUAACCUAACCACACAACUAACCACAACACACACCUACAACACACACACUACACCUCACAACACACUCACUAACACCCCCAAACCUAAUACAACACAACUCACACAACACUAACACCUACAACAACCCAACUAACCUACAACACACACCUACACACUAACAACCACAACACACACCUAACUAACACAACACACACACACUAACACAACAACACACUACACACACUAACACCUACACACACAAAACUAACCUACACACAACACUAACCCACACAACACUACCUACAACACACUAACCUUAACCACACCUACACUAAACUACUACACACACCUACAACUACACUACUAACUACCCACUUCACAACUAAAAACAACUUACUGUAAAAUCUAACCAACGAAACAACAACAAUCCUGUAACAGCUAACCACUAACUAACAAACAACACUACUGUAGAAACAGCCUAACCACUAACCUCAAAACAAACACUAAUGUAACAGCUUUACUAAACCACUAUAACCACUACCUACAAACAACACAACUAUUUGUAACAGCUAAACCACACCUAA